AGUGAGGGCCCAAAAGCCUUUCCGGGUUCGAAUUAUCCAACAACUGGACCCGAAUCCGAUAAGAACCCAGCACAUCCCCGAACCCUCACUGACAGUCAUCCUCUAGCUCGCUGUCCGCUUGGGUUUAGGGUUUUCGCCGGAGAGGAGAUGGUCUCUCCGACGGUGGCGUCGGGAAAUUUUCCCGUGGGAUUUGCUCGAUUUUACAAGAAUGAGUUCCAGAGCCAGAGUAGGAUGAUUUUCUGUGCUGGUUUUCAGGACCUCUUCUGUACACAUGUUGGUCUGUCAAGCAGCUUCUAUCAUAGGGUGAAAUUACCUCCAUCUCAGAGUCAUAGGAAAAGGCACUUAGUUCCACAUGGGAUAAAUGUGACCGCAGGAAACUAUGAAAGACCUGAGAAAAUGGAUAUCAGUGGUGUGAUCAAUGCUUUGGGAAAGCUUUGGGAGAACUUACCUCAGCCUGUAAAGGAUUUCCCAUGGACAAAAGCAGCCUGGAGCUUCUACAGCCUGAUAUUUGAACUUGCUUGUGCAGUGGUGAAGUACCUCUGUCUGCCAUUAUUGGUGGUUUCCUCACUAAGUGAGAUGUCAUAUUGUGCCCAUGAGAGGAAGAUGCGUCUCAUACCCAUCCCUUUUCUAUUAGGAUUUGCUGUUGCUGGAGUCUUGAAAGACACAGCCAAAGAUCUUUAUCCAGAUCUCGAGGAAGGGGAAGGAUUUCCCAGGCAUCUCCUCCUGCUAGCAAUUUUCUUUCUGCUACUCAAACUGCCUGGUCCUUAUUACCCAUAUUGGGGUCGUCUUGUCAUUCCUCAUUUUGCAAAUGGUGGGUUAUGGAGGACUGCUUGGUCUGCCUUCAUGUGGCUCAGGCAUCCUCAGCAUAUGCCGGAAACCACAUUGGAGGCAUCACAUACUGAAAAUUCAUCUGAAGAGAGGUUAAGGUGGAAUGAAGUAGGUUUCUGUGUGGAGGCUUUCUUGAUGAGAUCCAGCCCCAGCCCCAGUCCCACCACUUUCUCAGAGGUCCUCCGGCAAAUUCCCCGAAGGACGGCAUCGACUGGGAUCGCCUAAAUGCCCAUGCAGUGGAUGCAGAUGUCAGUGGCUGCACAUUGAUGGAGAAGGAUGAAAGUCUUCUCCUCAAUCCUAUCAUGUGAGUCUCCUUGUGCUUGUCUUGAGAUAUUGGAAGUUCAUCCUUUUCAGGCAUUGAGGGGAAGAACCUUUUCUUUUGCAGGUUCUCAAACAUGGAACUCAUUCUGAAUGUAUGUUUUGAUUGAUUCACUUGGUUUUGUUUCUCAAAUGUAUCAUGUGUUUGUAUAUGUCUUCUCUUAUUGCUUCUGCAGCUUUGUUUUUCACAGCUCUUGGACAGGCUGGUUUUAUUAGUCCAUGUGGUGGAUGGGGUCCCAUGAACCAUUUUCCUUCUUUCAUCUUUCUUUAAUGUCACCGCAUCUCCUUUUAUUUAUUCCAUCUCAACCAAUCAUCUCAUGAUAUGUAUUUAUGUA